AUGGACGAGACCUCCGCUCUAAAACCAGACCCACCGCUGUCCAAUCUUCGCCGCAGGAACUCCAUCACGCUGCCCGUCGCCGUGCCAUCUAAAUUAAACCUUCUCGCUCCCACCAAGGCGGCUUCGCCGCCGCUACCGUUGGCUUUCGAGCUCGUCCCAAUAAAAUCCUCCUCCUCCGCCUCCUCUCCUUCCCUUGCCUACACUUCCCUCAGAGACAUUUUGCCCUCGGCCACCGCCAUCAGCUCCCCCACCGCCGCCUCUGCUGCAAAUUCCGGGUACGAGAUCACGAUCCGCAACCGCCUUGUGAAGCAGGCGGCGUGGGCCUAUCUUCAGCCCAUGUCCUCUUCUCCAGGCUCCUCCGGACCUCACCUCUUCCGCCGUAUUUGGCUCAGAUUUUCAGCUUGUCUCAGCUUCCUCAACCUGCCCAUAAUUUCCCGUAUAGCCAACGCUUUUGAUCGGAUAUUUCGCGUUGUUGGGGUCAAUUUUGUCUAA